AUGGUUUGCAAACGCUCGCCCAAACGAGCCGUAUCUUCGGGUUUCAUAGGAAUCUCUCUAUCUGUAUCGCGUAUUCAGUCUGUAGUACGCCAAACUUUACAGAGAACUUCGUGGCUGCCUAAAGCGACGAACAACAGGUUCGCUCGCGACGAUGGGGCAACAACGGUGCAACGGCGCUGGCGGCGACGGGGACCGCGUCCGCAUCAGCCGCAGUCCCCCUGCGCCUUGAUUACGAGCAGCUUCAGCGUGGUAGGUGUUUCCCAGGCGGCAGCGGGCCAGCACUUGGCCUAUGCCUUCGGGGUGAGUCUGCCGCCGACAAUGUUGGCCUGGUUCGGAAGCACUGGCACGAGCAUGACGACGGAGUUUGACGGCGCGAACUCGCUAACGCCGGUCGUGUGGGUACUAGGUGCGGUCGCUGGCCUUGUGGUAUCCCACUUGGCGCAGCAGUCUCCAGCAGCAGUCCGGAAAGCGUGGCUCCGGUUCAUUCGAGGUGCGGACGCUCGAGAGGCGAACCCAACUUGUCCAGCGUGCGAGGGCGAGGGCUCCAUCGACUGUCUCUGCCAACGCUGGCGGGUGCCUGACGCCAGCAGCGACAGUUCAGAAAGCAGAAGCGAGCCAAAGGGGCCCCUUCAAAAGGCUUCGCGGGGUUGGAACCUCUUCUCAAAGAGCAGGACAAGGGUCGCGUUGACAAAGAGCACCUGCUCUCGCUGCCACGGAACAGGACGUGAGCCAUGUCCCCGCUGUGGCGGUGGGGGCAUGCUCGUGCACAGCGACGAGGCGUCGCUCCGAGGCGACACCGUGCCCGUGCACCUCGAGGAUGGAUAUGACUGGGAGCGAGCUGCACGGCUGAAGCGAGACUCGAGAUGA